GCCAACUAACUACCUAGAUUGAGCAUCUUUAACAGAAAGCUAUUAAAGAGGCAACAGGAGUAUUCUUCUCUUGGCAAGAAUGGCAUUACAACAACAACAACAAUCGCAAGUGAUGACACGAAUCAAGAACUCGGGGUUAAUCAGUUACAAUGGGAGUCCGAUGAACGGUGAUGAUGAAGAGGAGUUGUCGAGAUCGGCCUUGUUGGCUUUUAGGGUUAAGGAAGAAGAGAUCAAGAAGAAGAAGAUGGAGGUGAGGGAGAAAGUUCAUGCUCAGUUAGAUCGUGUUGGAGAAGAAACCAAGAAGUUGGCUGAAAUUCGCCAAGAGCUUGAAGCACUGGAAGAUCCAAGGAGGAAGGAGGUGACAACUGUUCGUAAGAAGAUUGAUUUGGUCAACAAAGAGCUAAAGCCACUGGGACAAAGCUGCCAUAAGAAGGAGAAAGAGUACAGAGAAGCCUUGGAAGCUUUCAAUGAGAAAAACAAAGAGAAAUCUCAACUGUUAGCAAGAUUAAUGGAGCUGGUAACCGAAAGUGAAAGAGUGAGGAUGAAGAAACUUGAAGAACUGAACAACAACAUCGAAUCCUUGGGCCAAUUUACUCCAAGAUCAUCGUAAAUGAUAACAAUUGCUCCAAUUAUGUGGUUUUCUGUAACUAGUGAGGAUUACAAUAACUACUGAUUUGAUGUGAUGCUCUUUUUUAUGAGCGUUGUUUGUUGAUGAGUGUAUGACAUUAAACCCUA